GCAGAGCGGGGCCCUUCCCGGCCGGGGCUUGUGGCGCUCACGCUCCUCCUCCUGCUCUCCACCCCCUCCUCCCAGUGCUGUGCGGCCGGGUCCCCGCGUGUGGUCCCGCCAAAGGAGCAGUUGGCUCCUCGUGCUCCCGGGACGGCCGUGCAGUGUGCUCGCGAGCCACGGCGCUAGUCAUGGACAUGGAACAAGUGAACGCGCUGUGCGAGCAGCUGGUGAAAGCGGUGACGGUCAUAAUGGACCCUGGCUCCACCCAACGCUACCGGCUGGAAGCCCUCAAGUUUUGUGAAGAAUUUAAGGAAAAGUGCCCUGUUUGUGUCCCCUGUGGCUUGAAGUUGGCUGAGAAAACACAGGUUGCCAUCGUCAGACAUUUUGGCCUUCAGAUUUUGGAACACGUUGUCAAGUAUCGGUGGAACAACAUGUCUCAGCUGGAGAAGGUCUAUCUGAAGAACAGUGUCAUGGAGUUCAUUGAAAAAGGAACACUGAACAUUUUGGAAGAGGAGAAUCACAUUAAGGAUGUUCUUUCUCGAAUUGUAGUAGAAAUGAUUAAACGGGAGUGGCCACAACAUUGGAAUGAUAUGCUUGUAGAAUUGGAUACACUUUCCAAACAAGGGGAAACACAGACAGAAUUAGUGAUGUUCAUUCUUUUGCGACUGGCAGAGGAUAUAGUGACCUUCCAGAGAUUACCUGCUCAAAGAAGAAGGGAUAUCCAGCAAACAUUAACCCAGAACAUGGACAAAAUCUUCAGUUUUCUACUUAACACGCUUCAAGAAAAUGUAAACAAGUACCGGCAAGUGAAGACAGAUAAUUCUCAGGAGUCCACGGCCCAAGCAAACUGUCGAGUUGGAGUUGCAGCCCUGAAUACGCUAGCAGGUUACAUUGACUGGGUGUCUAUGAGUCACAUUACUGCUGAAAACUGUAAACUUCUGGAGAUUCUGUGCCUGCUCUUGAAUGAGCAGGAACUUCAGUUGGAAGCUGCUGAGUGCCUUCUUAUUGCAGUCAGCAGAAAAGGCAAGCUGGAAGACCGGAAGCCUUUGAUGGUCUUAUUUGGAGAUGUUGCCAUGCAUUAUAUACUUUCUGCUGCACAGACUGCUGAUGGAGGAGGCUUAGUAGAAAAACACUAUGUCUUCCUGAAGAGACUGUGUCAGGUGUUGUGUGCUUUGGGCAAUCAGCUGUGUGCGUUGCUGGGUGUGGAUUCAGAUGUAAAUACACCAGCAAACUUUGGAAAAUACUUGGAGUCUUUUCUUGCUUUCACAACACAUCCAAGUCAGUUUCUACGCUCUUCAACUCAAAUGACUUGGGGAGCCCUCUUCCGACAUGAAAUUCUAUCCCGUGACCCUUUGCUGCUGGCUAUAAUUCCAAAGUACCUCCGUGUUUCUAUGACGAAUUUGGUCAGGAUGGGUUUUCCUUCUAAAACAGACAGCCCAAGCUGUGAAUACUCUCGAUUUGAUUUUGACAGUGAUGAGGACUUCAAUUCUUUCUUUAACUCCUCACGGGCCCAACAAGGAGAGGUAAUGAGACUAGCUUGCCGUUUGGAUCCUAAGACUAGUUUCCAAAUGGCUACAGAGUGGCUAACAUAUCAGCUAUCAACUCCUAUUGAUAUUGGAUCCAUGAACUCUGGAACAGGAGAAAGUAACCUCUGCUCCAUGUUCUCACCUUCAUUUGUGCAGUGGGAAGCCAUGACUUUAUUUUUGGAAAGUGUGGUCAACCAGAUGUUUCGAACAGUAGACAAAGAAGAACUGCCUAUUAAUGAUGGGAUAGAACUAUUGCAGAUGGUCCUGAAUUUUGACACCAAGGAUCCCCUCAUCCUGUCUUGUGUCCUCACUAAUGUCUCAGCACUCUUUCCAUUUGUUACCUACAGACCAGAGUUUCUGGCCCAGGUCUUCUCUAAGCUUUUUUCAUCUGUCACUUUUGAGAUUGCUGAAGAAAAUAAGGUUCCCAGAACACGGGCAGUGAGGAAUGUGAGGAGGCAUGCUUGUUCCUCCAUCAUCAAAAUGUGCCGUGAUUAUCCCCAGCUUGUGUUGCCCAGUUUUGACACACUUUAUAACCACGUGAAGCAACUUCUCUCUGAUGAACUCCUCCUGACACAAAUGGAGAAGUGUGCCCUCAUGGAAGCCCUGGUUCUUGUUAGCAACCAAUUCAAGAACUAUGAGCGUCAGAAGGUAUUCAUAGAGGAGCUGAUGGCACCAGUGGCCAACAUCUGGCUUUCAGAAGACAUGCACAGGGUACUGUCAGAUGUUGAUGCUUUUAUUACCUUUGUGGGUGCAGACAGGAAAAACUGUGACCCAGGCCUGGAAGAUCCUUGUGGCUUAAAUCGUGCUCGCAUGAGCUUUUGUGUGUAUAGCAUUCUGGGUGUUGUGAAACGAACUAGCUGGCCCACCGACCUAGAAGAAGCCAAGGCUGGGGGCUUUGUGGUUGGUUAUUCACCUAGUGGAAAUCCAAUCUUCCGUAAUCCCUGCACAGAACAGAUUCUGAAACUUCUUGACAAUUUACUUGCCCUCAUAAGAACAUACAAUACUUUGUAUGCACCAGAAGUGCUAGCCAAAAUGGCAGAGCCUUUCUCAAAGACUCUGGAUAUGCUUGAAUCUGAAAAAUCUGCUAUCUUAGGGUUACCUCAACCUCUCUUGGAAUUAAAUGACUCUCCUGUGUAUAAAACAAUCCUGGAAAGGAUGCAGCGUUUCUUCGCCACCCUGUAUGAAAACUGUUUCCAUAUCCUAGGGAAGGCAGGUCCUUCUAUGCAGCAAGAUUUCUAUACUGUGGAGCACCUUGCUACCCAACUCCUCAACUCGGCCUUCGUAAACUUGAACAAUAUUCCUGAUUUCCGACUCAGAUCUUUACUUCGGGUCUUUGUGAAACCUCUGGUGCUCUUCUCUUCACCAGAGCAUUAUGAAUCACUGAUGGCUCCCAUCCUUGGACCUCUUUUUACCUACCUCCACAUGAGGCUUUCCCAAAAAUGGCAAGUUAUCAACCAGAGGAACAUGGUGUGUGGUGAAGAUGAGGCUGCAGAUGAAAACCUAGAAUCCCAAGAGAUGCUGGAGGAACAGCUGGUGAGGAUGUUAACCCGAGAAGCCAUGGACUUAAUCACUGUGUGCUGUGUUUCUAAGAAAGGUGCUGACCAUGGUACUACUACUUCUGCUCCUCCCACUGCAGAUAUAGAUGAUGAUGAGAUGAUGGCGACAGAAGUAACUCCUUCAACUAUGACAGAGCUUACAGAUCUGGGCAAAAGUCUAAUGAAGCAUGAGGAUGUUUGUACAGCAUUACUAAUUACAGCCUUCAAUUCCCUGACUUGGAAGGAUACUCUUUCCUGCCAAAGGACAACCACACAGCUCUGCUGGCCUCUUCUCAAACAAGUGUUGUCAGGAACACUGCUUGCAGAUGCUGUUACGUGGCUUUUCACCAGUGUGCUGAGAGGCUUACAGAUGCACGGGCAGCAUGAUGGCUGCAUGGCUUCCCUGGUCCACCUGGCCUUCCAGAUUUAUGAGGCACUGCGUCCCAGGUACCUGGAAAUAAGAGCUGUUAUGGAGCAGAUCCCUGAAAUACAGAAGCACUUGUUGGACCAGUUUGACUGUAAGCUUUUGAACCCGUCUCUGCAGAAAGCUGCUGAUAAACGUCGGAAGGACCAAUUCAAACGCCUCAUUGCUGGUUGCAUUGGGAGACCUUUGGGAGAGCAGUUCCGAAAAGAAGUUCACAUCAAGAAUCUUCCCUCGCUUUUUAAAAAAGCAAAGCCAGUGAUGGAGACGGAAGUGCUGGACAAUGAUGAGGGCAGCUUGGCCACCAUUUUUGAACCCUGAAUCAAUCUUUUGGGCAUCUGUCUCCAGCCUUUAUUGUCAUCUCUUCCCCGUCGUAGCUUAUCUAGGCUCCUCUCCACUGCCACUUCACUUUGCACCAUUGUCAGCCUGGAAAGAUCCAGGUUUGGAGCUGGAGAGCAUGGGCCCUGUGGAGGGCCAGAAGCAAUUAUACUAAAGCAUCCAGAAAGGGAGUUAGGGCUCACACUAUUCUGUCUCCCGUACUACUUGGAGUUCUAGCUUUUCCAAGAAAGAAGAGCUAGUGCAGAGCAGCCUUCUCCACGUUCUCCCACUCCCCAUGAAGCCACAGGGUAUUGUGCCCAUAAUUCAAUUAACUGAGCUUGCAGCAGGGGACACCCGUGAACUGCUUGUAUCAGAGGGUUUCUCCUGGACCACUGUUGGUCCCACUGAGACCCCUUACAGUUGGGCUGGUAAGGAGUCUUCCCUAGACCCCAGGGGCACAUCUGGGUCAGGUGCUGAGUGCUGUACUGAAUUUGGCCAGUUUCCUUUAUUUUAUAGAGUAAGAAUCUGGUCAUCUGAUGGGUUGUUACAGGCUACUGGCAAACUUUGGGCAUAGUACCAAGUGUGGUAUUACCUUAAGGGGCCGGGGUCUGUAGCACUAAAAUCCCAUCCCCCAUAGAGCUCACAUAAGCUCUUCCAUGAACAAUCCUUCUGUGGCUUUCCCAGUCCUGGGGUCCACUCAGGCUUAAGAGCCACAGUCCCUGUCACAUGAUGUUACUAGCAUCUAAAUAAUACAGACCAACUAGACUACAUCUGUGACAAGCAGCUAGCAAAGCCACUGUUCUCUCCUAGGACUAGCUGAGUCCAGGUGCCUUCAGAAAUCUCAUCUCACUUUGGGUCAUUUCCAAAAGAAACUAUGCCUUCCCAUCACAACCUAUGUUGUGAAUUUCCAGUCUGUUCUAGAAGUCACUGGAUAGCCCUGUAAACAAGAGGGGACAUGGAUAGGGGCCUUAGCCUCAAGGUUUACUGCUGGCACAGACAGGUUUUUAUCUAUACAGAAACCAUAGUUAACACUCAUGUGUUCUACAAAGACAGAAGUCUAUUAGCAAUUCAGCCCUCUGACCAGACUUCAGAGAGAGCUGAGUAAAACAACAUGGACCCCAAAGUACAGCUUUUAGCUAGUACAAGCACCUAGGUAAGGUAGGGUCUGGAAGAGGCAAGACUGGGGAAAGGAUUUGGAGUUUAGCUGCUUCUCUGGCAACUUGCCUGAUUCUCUUCCUGGGUAGUAAUUGGGGCCUCCUGUCAACUGUGAAAGCCAUCUCAAAGCAUGUUUCCCUCCACAAUGGAUUCCUGCCUACUCUCCUUUGCGGUUGGGGCUAUGGAGGGCAUAGAUGUGUUUAUUGUGCUGUAAUAUUUUUAACAUCCUGUGACUUCAUGCUAGAAGUUUUCUAUUGUUUAUAAUCUUUUUGUAGAAACAUUAAUUCUAAAGCACAUCUGCAUGUCAGUAAAGAUCUCAAUUUCAUACAGAAAAGACCUACCUGCCUUUUUCAAGCCAGUGAUUCCUUGAGUAUCCUGCAGAGAGGUGCUGGAUAAAAACAAUACUGUGACUAAAUGGCUUGCUCAGGUAAUCUGAGACUGAACUCAAAAAUUUCUAUUCUUGAUACACCUAGCCAAGGAAGUUGGUACCACACAGUGUUGGCACCAGUGGUUACUUGACUAUACAAAGAGAAAUACCUUUUCUUUCCCUUGAUGGAAAGCAACAGCCUGAAUAUUCUGGGUCACACAGCUGAUAGGUUAAUCACGUCUUUCUGUGAAGCAUCAAAGGGGUUUAACACUAUCCGUGACAUAUGAGCAGUGUCCAAUCAAUAAAGCCAAACCUAAAGUGAGGCCCUUUAUUUCUGGGUCAACACUGAAAUUGUA